AUGUUGCUUGCACCGACGAUAGGGACUUCCGAUGCAAGAGGGGGAGAAAUCUUUGUGACAAGCUGGAAGAGAAGCUCAGAUUUUCAACUCCGAAAAACCAUUUCCGAUGAAGAAAAAAAGAAUUGGUCUUCCUGGCCAUCAAUUUUGGUUGAUUCCUUCAAGCACAACAGGGAGAUGGAAAACAUCAAAAUGAAGCUAAUUUUUUAUGCUUUUCGAGUGACUCAAUCGAUGCCACCUAUAAUCCCUUCUCCCAAGAUUGUUCAAAUCAAUGAAGUAUCCCCAAUCAAUAAUGAUGAUGAUCUUCCUACCCCGUAA